UCAAACUCAGAUGUUUUCCUGUUCUCUUGUCCGUUUCCCAGUUAACGGCCCUAUUUCUAUGCCCCAAGUUUUUGAAUCUUAUAAACAAUCACAGCCCCCCCAUCUCUCUCUCUCUCUCUCUCUCUCUCUCUCUGCCUCUGUCAGUAUAGGGAAAUCCGGAAAUGAAGGGAUCAAAUGGUUUCUGUAAUGUUCUCUCUAUCCAACUUCUCUUCAUUGCACUUUGUCUAUUCAUUGCCAGUUCUUCCAGUCUCAAGAUGGGAGAGACAUGUUCAUCUAACAGCAGCUGUGAUGCCGGAUUAAGUUGUCAAAGUUGUUCUGCUAACGGAAAUACCCGACAGAGAUGCACCAAGAUCCAGCCAUUGAUUCCAACAUCAAAAGUCAAGGGUCUGGCAUUCAAUAAGUAUUCAUGGUUAACAACACACAACUCUUAUGCUCUUAUGGAUGCUCAAUCAGAUACUGGUUCACCUCUGUUCUCUCCUAGAAAUCAAGAAGACACGGUUACUAGACAGCUUAAGAAUGGGGUUCGGGGACUCAUGCUAGACAUGUAUGAUUUCAUGAAUGAUAUCUGGUUAUGUCACUCCAUUGGUGGUACAUGUUACAACUACACAGCAUUUCAACCUGCAAUCAAGGUGUUGAAAGAGAUAGAAACCUUUUUGGCAGCAAAUCCAUCAGAGGUUGUCACUAUUUUUAUUGAGGAUUAUGUGACAUCCCGACAAGGCUUGACAAAGCUUUUUAAUGCUUCUGGCCUAAGAACAUAUUGGUUUCCUGUAUCUAAGAUGCCUAAAAAGGGUGAAGAUUGGCCAACAGUUGAUGAUAUGGUCAAGCAGAAUCAGCGUUUAGUGGUCUUCACUUCCAAAUCAAAUAAAGAGGCUACUGAAGGAAUUGCCUACAAUUGGAAAUAUGUAGUAGAAAAUCAAUAUGGAGAUGAUGGGAUGAAAGCAGGUCUAUGUCCAAAUCGAGCUGAAUCAUCUCCAAUGAACACAAAAACGGCAUCCUUGGUUCUUCAAAAUUACUUUCCAACUACUCCAAACGUAACAGGAGUUUGCUUGGACAAUUCAGCUCCAUUAAUUAGCAUGACCAACACUUGCUAUGAAGCAUCUGGCAAACGGUGGCCCAACUUCAUUGCUGUUGAUUUUUAUCAGAGGAGUGAUGGUGGGGGAGCCCCAGAAGCUGUGGAUGAAGCAAAUGGACACCUUACUUGUGGAUGUGACAAUAUUGCCUUUUGCAGGAUUUUCAAGAAUAGGUUCAUCACCAAAUCAAGCAGGGCUACACAAGUUUGGAAGCAAAUGCUACAUUUGGUACAUGUGAUGUUCCACUAGCUGCACCCCCUCCACCUGCUGCUGCUGCUGCUGCUGGAGGAGGAGGAAACUCACGAGUUCCUAGUGUCACUCCCUCCAACGUUGCUUCUUUGGAUAGCAAACCGGUUCAACUAUGGUGGUUGAUUGGGACAAUCUUGAUGAUGACACUUCUAUUACGAUCGUAAUUAUGCUGAUUUGCUCAUUUACACGAAACUUUUUAAACCUUUCAGAAAUAUUGUUUUAUGGAUGAGUUUUGCCAUACUCGUGUCCUCGUAUCGAUGGUUGCUGUCUAUAAGAUAAUGGUAUACAUCGUACACACAUUAUUAUUUGAUGAUUUAUGUGCUUUGAUUUGUAAGCGCAUGACAAA